AACACCGGAAGUGGUGUCUUUCCAGCAUAAACGUUUCGGCUUUAGCUUCGGUAGCAGCGUUGUUUCUGAUUGUGGUUCUAGUGUGACCGGUUCUGAUUGAUCCCAGCGGGUUUAGGGCUGCUGAGGACCAGCGGACAUCAUGCCUAAAGUGGUCUCCAGGAGCGUGGUGUGUUCUGACACCAGAGACAGGGAAGAGUAUGACGACGGAGAGAAGCCCCUUCAUGUUUACUACUGCCUCUGCGGACAGAUGGUUCUGGUUCUGGAUUGCCAGCUGGAGAAGCUGCCGAUGAGGCCCCGGGACCGGGCCAGAGUCAUCGACGCAGCCAAACACGCGCACAAGUUCUGCAACGUGGAGGAAGACGAGCAGGCCUUCAUCAAGAGGCCAGAGGGCAUCGAGCGGCAGCACCGCAAGAAGUGCGGCAAGUGCGGGCUGCUGCUCUUCUACCAACACCAGGACAAGAACAGCCCGGCCACCUUCAUCGUAGACGGAGCCGUGGUGAAGUUCGGACAGGGCUUCGGUAACACCAGCGUUUACAGCCAGAAGCAGCCGGAGGCUCCCAAGAAGGUCCGGGUGAUGAUGACCAAGAGGACCAAAGACAUGGGGAAGUUCAGCUCUGUCACCGUGUCCACCAUCGACGAGGAGGAAGAGGAGAUCGAAGCCCGGGAGGUGGCCGACUCCUACGCCCAGAACGCGAAGGUGAUCGAGAAGCAGCUGGAGAGGAAGGGCAUGAGCAAGAGGAGGCUACAGGAGCUGGCUGAGCUGGAGGCCAAGAAGGCCAAGAUGAAGGGAACGCUGAUAGAUAACCAGUUCAAGUAGACUGGGUCUGUUCUAUAGACCGACUCAUCUGAUUGAUGCUUUCUGAGGAUAGAGGGUGAUGGAGAUGCAGCCUCCUGUAUCAGACAUGCUCACCGAUGAGGUGUUCAAAGACUCAAUAGAUUUGUUUAUGAUGCCUUUCAUGAAAGGGCUUUCUAGGAGAAAUGACUCGUUUUGACCUCUGGCUGAUGGAAUAUACAUCAGUAGUUUGUAACUUUGUUUUCUACAAAAAUAAAACUAUAUAAAGCCAUUGUUUUCAUAAAGUCAUGGU